CGGGGGCGAGGGCGCGUGCUCACCAGCCUUUGUGUAUCACUUCCAAUAUCUCACGCGUCAAUAAUUGAGCGCGCGAGCAGACGGAGCCCCGCGCUAUGUGCUCAGCCGCAGACGGAGGCCUCGCUGCGUUCACCGCCGACUCGAGACGAAUUUACGUGGAAAAUACGAAGGAGAAAAGGAUCUAGAAACAGAAAACUCACAAAUUCCAGGCAGGUUUUGGAGAAAAGACAAAAUUCUCUUACAUUUCAAGUAAUAAAUAAAUAACCCACUUGAGUUGGACAUCCAUACGCGGAGAGCGCUUGAUUUUCAGUGCGGGGAAAAAGGCUGGAGACGGCUGUGACUUUGUGAGUGAGCUGAAGUGACUGAGAGAAGUGGUGACGAGACUGCAGGCUAAAGUUACAGUAAUGCUGGUGUUCGUGCUUUGCGCGCUGGCGUUAGGUUGCCUCGCGAGCGCGCAGAACGAGACGGAACCCAUCGUGCUGGAGGGAAAAUGUCUGGUCGUGUGCGACUCGAACCCAACUUCUGACCCUACCGGCACAGCGCUAGGGAUUUCCGUGCGCUCCGGAAGCGCCAAAGUCGCAUUCUCUGCUGUCAGGAACACCAACCACGAGCCGUCGGAGAUGAGUAAUCGGACAAUGGUUAUCUACUUUGAUCAGGUUCUCGUGAACGUCGGCAGAAGUUUCGACGAAGAGAGAAGUAAUUUCUUCGCACCAAGAAAAGGGAUUUACAGUUUUAAUUUCCACGUCGUGAAGGUUUAUAACCGUCAAACUAUCCAGGUGAGCCUCAUGCACAAUGGGUGGCCUGUGAUCUCAGCCUUCGCUGGAGACCAGGAUGUGACACGUGAGGCUGCCAGCAAUGGUGUUCUGAUUCAAAUGGAGAAAGGUGAUCGUGCUUACCUCAAGCUGGAGCGGGGCAACCUGAUGGGUGGCUGGAAGUACUCCACCUUCUCUGGCUUCCUGGUCUUCCCUCUGUAGAUGAGGGGCUCGCCAUGUAGGGACUAUUGCUCUUCAGCUCACCAGCUUGUGGGACUGUGGCGAUAGAGUGAGAGUGAGAGAUGAUGAGGGGAGAAAGUGUGUGUGUGACAAAGAUAUAUAUAUAUACAUACACACAUAUAUAUAUAUAAGAAGGAAUUUUAAAAGAGGAUUAGUGUGGCUAGCUCUUUGACAUGCUCGCUCUGCUGCUUGCCUACAGCUCUGGACAGCCAAAACCUUUUUUAUUUUAUUAUUAAGAUUACAAUAAUUAACAAUUAACAAUAAAACUAUAGAGGCUAUUGCCUUUCUCCUUAUAUAUCUCCUUAUUUAACUUUUUAUCUGCUAUAAGGAACGUCUAGCAGCAGACAUUUAAGGCAUGUUUGUCAUAAAACUCAAUGCUCAAAAUCAUCCAGCCCCAUUAACUCACAUCGGCAAUUUCUUCAACUUAAUCCUCAACUGAAUCAAUUUUUCAUAUCUUUCUCUCCACACAAGGUCUCAAGUGGCAAUCUCAGUUGUUUAAACAUAAAUCUCUAAUGCUGUUCCGUUUAGUCUUAAUGGGGACUUUCACUCUGUUUGGCUCUGCUAUUCUCCUCAAAACAGGAGGACACAUUUCAGUCUGUUAUACGUGGGGAGUAACUGAAUUCCUCAGAGAGACUCUUACUGUAUACUGGAUAUAUACAGAUAUAUAAAAUCCUUCAAAUUUCUAUAUGAUAUACUCUAUGACUAUCUAAAUCCGAUUAAUCUGUAUUUCCGUAUUUCAGUGUUAAUAAUAGUGGUUUUAUGUGUGUGUGUGUGUGUGUGUGUGUGUGUGUGUGCGUGUGCGUGCGUGUGUGUGUGUGUGCGCGUGUGUGCGUGUCAUAAUGCUGCAGCCAAGCUACCAAUGCUUCUUGUUUUGUUUCAAAAAUGUGGCUACUCUUAAACUCUAUCAGAAGUACUAUAAAGUAAUUUUAUUAUUAUUGACUGUAAGAUAUGUGUGAAUAUUAAGAAAGCAUUUCUUUUACUCUUCAAUCAAUUGAUUUAAUUAUUGUUUUUUUUUAUUUGCUUUGAUCCAAUAAAACUUAAAUGGUCAUUUUUAUUUUUCUUUA